ACGAGGCGUUGCCAGACGUCCCAGUCACGAGUCACGACUUUGUUGCUACCAUUCUCUUCUCACGUUUGUCUCAUCUCUCAUUCGCUUCUCUGAUUUUCGCUCACGGAGAGCAAAACAAAAUGGGAAAUACAUAUCAAGAGUGAAUAGGAAAUUAUCCCUGCUCCGAUUCGCGCCAAUUCCCUGCGAAAAACAAAAAUUCAGUGAUAAAAGACUCGAAUCAAUCCAAAUAAUAUUUAGCACAACAGAAAAAGACGGCGUGCUGCCACCAUUUUGUUUUUGUGCCUCGUGCUUGUUUGUGUGUGUGUGUAACAAAUCGUGCAAGCCGUCCCCAGAAUGAGCAGGAGGAAGUAUGAAAUUGAAAUUAUGAAAAAGACACUUUAUAGUUUUCAGCACUAAGCCAUGGAGCGGGCAUCUUCGGAAGAACCGGGCUGCAGCAGAACAGAAGCUAGAAACCUGAUAUUGGAAGUCGCGAGAAGUCGACCGGGAACGAAUGUUUCCAGGUGCAUCGAGACCUACGAAGAACAACAGGAUCUGGACUCGCUGGUCAACCUGCUCGAGGAAGUCUCGAAGAACACCGACUACUCCACGGACCUGCGGAUAUCGAUGGGAUAUUAUGGUGACGAUUUCCUGCGCCACUCUCUGGCGGAUAAUGAUGUCACCCGGCGAGCGGCCCUUCUUGCCGCUGGAAGAACCAUCCACUUCAGCGGCAAAAUCUAUGGAGAUCGCGUUGAAUACGUGUACCAGGGAGUGGAGCAUCAGGUCGAUUCAUUGCUCAUAUCCCAAGUGCAAAGGGAGCCGGCCGGCGAAAGCAAUGGGCCAGAGAACACUGCACCCAAACCGGAGGAACCACGCAAGCGUCGCGCUAAGAAGCUAACCAAGAAGGAUGUAGAUCCUUACAUGCUCACAAUGGAACCGCGUCGAUUUAAAACCAUGUCCGAUGACAAACGUUUCAACACGACCGGCUUCGUUAAGUGCAUGAAAAACCGCACUAUAGAAUACCUUUACCAGGAUCACAUGCCGCCCAACCUGUGGCGUCACGCGCCCAUUGUUGAUCCCCAGAAUCCCCUGGAUCAGGACGAGAAGAAGCAGUACAAAAUGUUUACCUAUCAUGUGGAGCAUCGAUACAAUACACUCCUGCCCGACAUUCCCUUCGAGCGGUUGAAUCUGAUCAAAGAGUACGUGCACACAAAUCAGAUGAACACCUCAGAGAUCCUUAACGAGCACAUGACCACCAAGGAUUAUCUGGAAGAGUGCAUAGCGCUAGAAAAUAAAAUGCUUGCUUCUCGUUACGGCGCAACCGUCAGGACGAGAAGAAGGAUGGACGAUCAGGGAAAAAGAUUGCUAGAUGUAAGCUCCGAAACGAGUUUAGCGAAAAGGACGCGUCUGGAAGAGGAUCAGGCCUUGGAACCAAAUGAAGCAGGACUUACCGAAGCCAUGGAUGUAGAUCAAUCGACGCUGGGCGACAUCAACGAAUCAACCGGCGAAGCUCUGCAGAAUCAAGUGUCUAUAGAUUCUGGUUUUGGUGAAUCAAUGAAUUUGACUCAGCAAAACAGCGGCAUUGAUUCCACUCUUGGCGUUAGCCAGACGGUCGACGAUUCCUUGAGUGUUAGUCAGGUCGAGGACUCGUCCUUAAGCGUAAGCCAAGUGGCGGACUCGGCCAUAGGCAUUAGCCAAGGGGAGAACUCUUCUCAGGUAGAGAACUCUUCCCUAAGCAUUAGCCAAGAGGAAAAUGGUUCGCUAAGUGUUAGCCAAGUGGAGAAUCCACCGCUGAGUAGCACGUUAGCCCUGAACGAGUCCAGCACAUUUGCCAUAAACGAGUCAAAUGUCCUUGACAGCACAAGAUUGGACUUUCCCCCCGUGACGGAGGCGGAGCUGUUGCAAAUCGAUUUCGGCAUCGGUAUGGACGAUGUCUCAGAUUCUCAUCAUACAGGCCAGUCAUUUGAAGAUGAAGGUGUUGUUCUUUCAGAUUUUGAAGAUCAGAAGCAACGCCGCCAGUUCGAAACUGCGGUGAUAGAUAAGAAUGCCGUGAUGACGGAUCUCAACGAGAUCAAGGUGGAGGCACAACCUCCAGAGGAGACCGAGGGAACAGCUCCCAUCAUUGUGAUGCAUGCCGAGGAACCGGUAAAUGUUCCCAGGGAGGUCUGUUAUCCCAUUGUGAUGAAUAUGUUCGGAUUUCCUAAUAAACACGUUCGUCGAAAAUGUUUUUUUAAACUGCCCAAGGAGUAUGACACAUUUAAGAAGGCGCGCCUGCCUAGCAAGCGAGGGGCGGAACCGAAAACGCAACCUACACCGAGAGCCCUGGUCUUGCCUAGCAAAAGAAUCCAAGAAAAUCAAGAAGAUGGGCCCGCGUCACCGGUGAGCGUAGAGUUUGAUAUGGAUAUGAAUUUCCUUGGCUAUCGACGACCAACUAUGGACUCUGGCUUUGCCCUUGAUGAAGUACAAAACCAGUCAAGGACUCUUACCCCAGAAGUAAAGAAUGAAGUCGAUUCCUCCGGAAAUCCAGUGAAUGGAAAUGGACCUAGUGAAACGGCGAAUCCAGAAGCGCCCAUAGAUAUACCUUCUGUCGAUCCAGUGGAGGGAAAUGCUCCUAGUGAAGCGGCGAAUCCAGAGGCGCUAAUAGAAACCAUUGAGGCGGUGGUCUCAGAAACCAUAAAUUCCGAAUUAAACGCAACCACUGAACCCUCUUCAGAGGACAUAACUGAAAACUCGGAAAUAGGAUGUGGUUUAGAGGGCACAUUAAAUACUAGAAUAGAUAGCGGACUGGGCGCCGAAUUAAAUGCCACCGAUGGCGCACAACUUGACCAGACAACGUUGGAGAUCACAACGCUGCUAGAAAAAUCCACAAUAAUUGACGAAGCACCAGCAAAUGAUGACGACGGCAUAGAGGAAGGAGUUAGCCAGGACAUUGAUGAUGAAACCAGUCUGGACAUCGAAAACGCAGAUUUCACUGACUCCAGCACAAUGAUCCGUGACUGGCAUAUGCGAUUAGCACCCACCCUGGAGGCAGCCCAUGCGCGGCAAAACUUCAACAUCAAGGAUCUGGGCACUGAGAUUUUGAAUGUCUGCAAGGCAGGAGACAAUGGCCAGGCCACGUUAGCCGAUGUAAUGGCCGACAAGGACCCCAGUAUCAUGUGUCGCUACAUGCUGGCCUCCCUCGUCCUGACAAAUCAUGGCAACGUAUCGUUGGAUUUCGGAAAUCGCGACAAAAGCAAGCCCAUCGAAAUGUCACAAUUUUGCAUGCAGCUGAAGAGUACAAAACGACAGGAAAUUCAUCCCGAGGACGAUGUGGGCAACAUGAGUGCUGCUGCUGCUCCUGCUGCCGAGGACAAGAGCAAACCGGCCAAGCGGAAGUCAUCAGAAGUGGCGUCUCCUGAGGUGUUUGCAAAAACAGUUCGAUUGAUACAGUCAGUCCCCAAAAUGAGCCAGUCUGCGUAUGACACCGACUCGGGAAUAUCGUCGAUGUGCUCUUCACUGGCAUCGGCGUCCCAGGAAGUCUAGUCUCUACUUGUAGAAGACUGUGUAGUAUAUGUGUUAAAUGUUGUAUAUUAGCUGUAGAUUGUCGAAGAUCUUUGUGUAGAUCCUUUGCGUCCUGGUGGUGUUCUUCAGUGCGUGUCCCUCUAUCACAAUUGUAACUAAACCCCUUGCACCAUUUUCAGGCCCAGCGGCAAAUGCACUUUUCCCAGAAGUACCGAAAGAUCAAGAGGCUUAGCUAGAGCCUAUUGCCAGAAAAUUUUCAUUAAGUUUCCGUGCAAAGUAUUAGGGUAGAUAUCCCUUAAGAUGGUUUGCAAUGUAAAAAUCUAUGUUUUAAGUUUCAGACGCAAUAUUUGUGUAUAGUUUUUAGUUAAACAGUAUUAUUUAAGCUCUGUGUUCCUAAACAUUGUGAAAGAGAUCAACAUGCAUUUUGGUUUUCCCUUUAAUUUUCUUCAAAAUUUUAUAUUUUCAGUUUUGGCAUUUGAAAUUUUAUUUUCUUUUAUAUACAUUUUCUUUAAAUUUCUCUUUUCUCUAAUUUUUCUUAUUCUUUAUCAAAUUUAUUUUCUUUUUUAUUUCAUUUUUUCUUAUAACAUUAACACACUUUGGUUGUUUCCUUUAAUUUUAUAUAACAUUUUAUUUUCCUUUCUUUACAUUCUUAAACUGUAUUGUAAAUGUAAUUUAAUUUUGCAUCUUGAACAAUCACCAAUUACGUUUUGGAAAUUCAUAUGAGCUGGUAGUACUACAAUCAAGUACCUGAUCUCGUAUUGUACAAAAUUAUGAAAAGAGAAAUGUAUAGAUUUCUUCUGGCUCUAUGCACUGUGAAUAAAACUUUAAAUUAAGAUUGUAAAUAUGUGCAGGGCCAGAGAAGUUUGUACAUAUAUAUAUGUAAGUACCAGAGUGCAAGAAAGAAAAUUCUAUUUACAAAUUGUGUGCAAGAAAUUCGUUUUUUUUUCAGUAGCCUAAGAUUAGUUUUUAAGGAAUAAAACAAAAAAUCAUGCAAUCACUUAAA